AUGUUUGAUCGACCAGUUGCCGUCCCUGCACGGGGAGCAGGCUUUCUCUCUCUCCUCUCUACACAUGCUGAUCUUGUCAGAAAGGAAUGGCCUUCGCUUCCCGAGAAUGCACCGGGCAAGUGGACGAGUUGCUCUUUGCAACAGGCCGUUAGCAGCGAGUUCUCCUUUGACUCACUGAAGUCCUUGAAUGAAGAGGCUGCCAAGAUUGCCGCAGGUGAGUUCUCCAUCAGCCAAGCCGACGAGGCGGACACCAAGGAGGAGCUCCAGUCGGCUCUCCAGCAGAUCUGCCAGUGCUGCAAGGAGCAGGUUGUGACCUUCCAAUUUUGUGGAAGACGUCCUGAAAGUAGAGAGGUGGAGGUCAUCUUGGAGACUUUCCUCACACUCAUAUGGACGCGGCUUCCAGCCGCACUUUACGCCUUGGGCUGGAGUGAUGAGGCUUCUUUCAGCCUGUUGAAUCUGACCUGGAUCUUGGGCGCCUUCUUUGGUGCCAUGGUGGGCUUGGGCCGGGCCUACCUGCCGGAGGAGGCCGUCACCAACAUGAACGUCUGGGUCCAAGCACUCCAUGGUCCCAGUGGCUGUGCCGCGUGCGGGCCUUGGGUCUUGGGACUGGUGGUGCUCUCGCUGUUGACGGCCUUUGGAGGGGCUUCAGUGGGGCCUGAGCCAGUGGUGAUCAUCAUGCCAUCUGUGGUCUAUGUGGGCAUGGUGAAAAGAUUGCUGAACCCUUCAGUGCAAGUGUUGAGAGUGGCAGCACUAGCAGGGGGAGCAGCAGGUUUAGCAGCGUUUUUCGGCCUGCCUUUGGCCAGUGCCUUUUUUGCGAUGGAAAUUCCACACAUGGACGGAGCCGAAUUUGCUCUAGAGGCCUUUUCAGCCUGUGUGGUUGCAGGUGUGGUUGGAACCAUUGUGGGGCACUGCAUCUGGGAGCCCCAACAACUGCUGGGCAACAGUCGCUUUUGGUUUCCUGGGGGCGAUUCUCCAGACCAACCCGAGAUCGCCUCCCGGCAGUUUGGCAUGGGUGCAGUGGCCAUGGGCAUUUUGGCUGGUAUCGUGGGGGGCCUCACGUCCUACCUGCUGGUGACAUUAAUGAGGGGCUGGCAUCCUUUCUUCGAACACAUCAAGCACAUCAAACAUCAGCACAGAUGGAGGGCCUUGCGCUACAGCUGCCUACUGGCGGUGGUGGGGGCCGCCAACGCAGCCAUGUCCUUUCUCUAUCCCAGUGCUUUGUGGUGGGGUGAGGACCAACUGCAGGUCGUGCUCACACGUGGCUGUUCUUUUGGUGCAAAGAUCUUCCCUGAUUGCGAACCAGUGAAGCUCAAGUAUCUGUACGAGAAACUCAUCUACAAAGAUGCCAUCGUUGCUCACCCGGGCAUCUCGAUGUCAGGCUGGGAGAUGUUCGGCCUGGGUUUGGUGAAGCUGGUGAUGAUCAGCAUAUGCGAAGGUGCUGGCUUCGUGGGGGGUCCCAUCUAUCCCAUCAUCUUCGCCACUGGGGCCAUGGGCAGUGCCCUGGGGGCCUCCAGCUGGGUCUCGGUGCUCGGGGGGCAAUACGUCUACAUUUGCACCGCUGCAGCCAUGAGCACAGGACUGGCAGCCCUGCUGCACACGCAGGUCUUUGGAAUCUUGAUCGUCAUGGAGCUGCAGGCCAACAUUCCGCAUGGCAGCGUGAGCUCCCAAACCAUUGCGCUGAUGACCGCGGUCUAUUCCUUCUACCUGCUCACGCGGAACUAUGUGGCACCGUACUUCCAGUUGGUGUCCCAGCAGAAGCCGCGGCAGGAUCUGCAGUACGUGACCCCUGAACCUGAAGCGGACUCUGACUCGGAUGAGACCACAGACACAGACCUGGAAAUGGAGCGAGUGCGAACCGACACAGAAGUGGUGGGCACCUUAUCCGAGACCACCGGCAGUGAUGGUGAUGAAGUGGAGCCAAAGUCUACCAAGAGCUCCAGGAAACCGUCCAGUCCGCAGCUUUAG